AUGGCGCUUGCAGUAGAGCAGAGCCCGUACUUCACGGAACGAAGAUCAAAUGGCGGCCUCAUCGUCUCGGAAGCCCCAAAGUUCGACCUGGAGAGCUACGCCGCCAACUAUGAUGAAUAUUCGCGAGUCAGUCGCUUGCUCAACAUCGCCCGCCUCUGUCCUCCGCUAGCACUCGACGCUCUUCGUCUGGCCAUUCCCACCUCCAAGAGCGCAAAGGACACCCAGCAGUACCUCGAUCUUAUAAAGCUGCUUCAUUCAAUCAACCCCGACGAUGACCUGGCUACCGUCGAUGACGCAUGGGUCGAAAAGACCAACAAGCUGAACGAGCACGAGACAGAACGCCUGGAACAUGAAUUGCGCGGCUACAAGAACAAUCUUAUCAAGGAGAGCAUCCGCAUGGGUCAGGAGGACUUAGGCACACACUUCCUCAACAUGAACAGACUGGAUCAGGCAACAAAGGCCUACCAAAAGAUGCGCGAGUUUUGCACUACUCCCAAGCACAUCGCCGAGAUGACUCUGAAGCUGGCCUACAUUAACAUGGUUACUCCUAACUGGAUCGCUGCCGUCUCGACCGCUCAAAAGGCUCGCUCAUUGACACUACGCCCCGAAGACAAGCCCCGCUUCGACUCCGUCUCGCAAGCAUGCACAGGCUUAGGCUACCUCGGUUCUGGUAACUAUGGCCAGGCCGCUCACGCCUUCCUAGCAGUCGACCCAUCAUACGCCACCGUCGGCCCCGUCGCAAACAUCGACUUCUCGCGCGCCGUCAUGACCGCAAACGACAUAGCAGUCUACGGCGGUCUCUGCGCCCUGGCCUCGAUGAACCGCCAACAACUUCAAGACUCCGUCCUCGAAAACGCAAACUUCCGCAACUUCCUCGAACUCGAACCACACAUUCGUCGCGCCAUUUCCUUCUUCUGCGGCGCAAAGUACAGUCAAUGUCUUGCCAUCCUCGAAGCAUACCGCACAGAUUAUUUGCUUGACAUCUUCCUCGGCCCUCAUAUCAAUAUGCUUUACCACCUCAUCCGCAGCAAGAGUAUUGUGCAAUACUUUGUUCCAUUCUCUCAAGUCACAUUGUCAGCUUUGACGGAAGCAUUCCCAAGACCAGGUGGCACACCUCAAAUGAUGGAGAACGAGUUGGUCGAUAUGAUUCAACGCGGCAUCUUGGACGCCAGAAUCGAUACCGUAGAUCAACUGCUCAUUGCACCGCCCAAGGACUCGCGCGCUGAUGCCCAUCGUGGCGUCAUGGAGACUGCAGAGGAAGUCGAGCAUCAGCUUCGUCUCAAGUUGUUCAGAAUCAACAUGAUGCAAGCUGGUCUUGAGAUCCAGUCUCCCAAGUCAAACAAGAGUGGCAAGAACGUCGCUUCUUCAUGGGGUCCCGGCCAAACACUCGGCUGA